AACCUCCGUCUGCCAAGCUUGCUGUUGUGAGAGCGGCAGUUUUGUGUUUGCGAUCAUUAUACUCCAGGACGAACAAGAUGAUCAGGGGACCUCGAUCAGCUUACUGACUCCUUCGAAACCUUAAUUGCACGAAGAUUACAUGGAGCUAACACAGAUGAGGGCGUUGUCUACGAGCUGACGAUUUUGAGGAAUAAUGGUAUCUGCCUUCGGUGGUGAUCGUCGAGUAGUUAGAAGCCGAUAUAGGUGACGCCGACAUGGUGGCUGAUCGUAGUGCUCGGGCCUUGACAACCGCCAUCAAACUUGAACGGACCAUCACCCUCAUCUUCGCUGGUCUUGAGAUCAUCAUCCAUGGCGGAGCCAUUUGGGGAUGGCCCUCGUACGUAUACGUCCUCAAACAGGAUGGCUUCUUCAGUGACCUGUGCCACACUGAUGAAGGUGUGAUAGGGGGCGCUGUAUCUCUCAAGAAUGGCACCUAUCAUUCCAAUCUGAACUCGACCCAUUUGGUUGACCCCAUUGGAAGUUUGAGGGAUUUCGAUAAUGAGAAAGGGAAUUCACACAAUGUUUCUUCAGGUACGCUCAAUACCUCUGGCUGCAAUGACCAAGAUGCCAUCAUUCAACUCAUCUUUACCGUUGCCAUGGGAACAUAUCUUAUCUGCUCUUGCUGGUUGAUGAACAUCAUCGACCGAUUUGGAAUUCGCUGUGCCAGAAUAUUAAUAUUUGUUGGCUGUUUAGUGAGUUAUAUACUUCUAGCAGUGGCUACUCCUAAAUCCUCAUUCUUAUUAUUCCCUGCCAUGAUCAUCCUGACAUCAUGCGGCAGUGUUCUCCUCACCGCAAACCAACAGGUGGGUAAUCUGUUUGGUAGAGGAAAGUCCACAGUGAUGUCAUGGCUGAAUGGAUGUCUCAGUGCAUCAGUCAUCGUAUUCUUUCUUCUCAAGAUAGCUCAUGAUCACGGCAUACCUGCUCAACACUCGUUCAUUUUCCUUGCCGGGAUUACACUUUUGAUGCUCGUCAACACUGUCAUGAUGCCAAAGAAACGUAUCCCAUGGCCACUUCCAGACGGAUACCGCCUUGGGACGUGCCUACGGGAACAGCCUUCAUCGGGAUAUGGCGAUAUCAGCAAGCAGAGGAAGUCUGGUCACCUGAGGGGCACCCACGAUCUAGGACACACGGACGAAGCCAAAGGGUCAUGCCCGGACGGGAAAUCCACCACAAUCAAGAAACAAUCUCAUUUUCAUGAUAUCCAAGAGUGGGGAGAAUCUUUAAAACGCCAGAGGUACCCCAACUUUCGAGCCUGUGUCACUUCCCUUCUGUUCUGGCUGGUCGUCCACUGGUUUGGUUUCAUACAACUUAAUGUUUUAUUCCUCUUUGGUACUUUUAAUUCACACAUCUCAAGACUUGCUGGUGGUGAUUUGAGAGUUGUAAGUGGCUAUACCGAUGUUUUUCUCCUGCUGCAAAUAAUUCCGGUGUUUUUAAGUCAACCACUCGGUCUUCUUAUGGAUCGCAACAAAGUCAAAUUAUGUCGAAAAGGGGAUGGUGAAAGCCGUGGACCGUUUGAUGACCUGAAGGAUAUAUGUCUCCCUCUAGCGUUAACAACCAUCACAUCCAUCAGUUACUCGGCAUGUCUUCUUGUGCCUCACCUCCAUGUGCAAUACGUAACUUUUACCCUCGUUCUAAUUGUCAUGUCCGUCCUAUGGGGUUAUCUUUCUGCCACCACGGCUAUCAUAUUUCCUAUGAAGAUUUUCUCUACCCUUGUUGGAUCGUUUCGCACUCUCGGAGGUAUCAUCGCCUUCCUUCAAUUUCCUCUCUUUAGGAUGAUACAAAACUACCUACAAAACGAUCCUUCCUAUGUGAUAAUAGGCUUAAUAGUUGCUGAUAUCACAACAUUUGCUCUUCCGGUCUACAUUUGGUACUUCGUCAAGAAGCAGGCCAAAGUUGGCCGGAUGUCUGCCACCGAACAAGUUAAUGUUUAGUUUUAUAGUCCAUCCGCCUUUCCAGAUCAUUUUUAUUUGCUUUCUUCCUGUUAAAAAUUAGUUUUUCUGAUUUCCAUUUGUUAAUACAACUGCUCGUAAAAUCCGCUGCAAAUUAGGUUAAUGUCAAUGUUAUUGUCAUGAUAACUAUCAUAUGUUUUGAUUAUGGUUUCAUUAGUUUCCCACACAGCAUUAAUGACUACCAGGGUCAUCAGACGUCCCUGAUAUCAAGGAAGAGUCCCGUAUUUCAGCAAUUAGUCCCUCGUCCCGUAUAACCCUUUAUACCCCGGACGCCGUUUUGUCCCGCGUAUUUCACGAUAUUCAUGUGAAAAUAUUCAGGCAUUACGUUUAUUUUUUGCAUAUAAACAAAGACGGUGUAUAUUUCAUAAUGAGAGAGAUGAAAAUAAAUAAAAACGAUGAACUCCAACUCGUAUGAGAGUAUCAAAGUGAUGACGUCGCAAAACUUUUUUUUGCAUUUCUGCCUUUUUAUACCAUAUUUUGGUAUAGCAUGAUAGAAUAAAGUUAGGAACCAGGUAUAUAAUGACUUCAAUGCGGCUAAUUGUGUAUUCAUGAGGUCAUAUUUCAGGCCCCAAUAGACCGAUUCGCGCCAAAUUUUGGUAGUGGAGGUAUUUUGUCAUGCUCUACCAAACUAUGUUAUCAAAAUGCAGAAAUGGAAAAUUGAAAAAGUGAUGACGUCAUACUUCGGUAUUCUAUUCAUGACCAACAUAAUCUGUUUACAUUAACUCUGUAUUUGAGCAAAUAAUAGAGGAGAAUGAGCAUAAAGACUUAAUUAAGAAUUAAGCAAACAUACAACGAAGAAAGAAGAGUAAAAAAAAAAAAGAUAGCUCUAAGCG